UUUACUAAUUAACUGAAAACUCUCUGCCUCUCUCACAUGACGAAUAUGACUCAUCUAUCUUCCUUCUUUCCCAUAUAAAAACGACUAGAACUAGUACAAAUAUCUUGCAUUGCUUCUCUCAAAAAGUAGAGAAGCUUACAUCAACUCCUCUGCUUUCACCAACCUCUAAAUCCCCCAAAGCUGCCCUUGCUUAAAGCCUCACAUUUUCUCUCUAGGUCUCCAUUCUUGUUUCACAUUUUGCUCCUUUCUCACUUGUCUUUCUACCCAUAAUCCUACUUGUUUUUUGAAACCUAUGGAAGCUUUUAACCUUCUCAAAUUCUGGCGUACAGCUGCCGUUAGAGAUAUUGGCCCUGAUCUUGAUUCUGUUAAAAAGUUGGCAGAUGGUGUGGAUAAUACUGAUGAAGAAAUCGAUAAUGACGAAGACUCGUUUUUCGAUUUGGUAAUCACAGGCAUUAAUGGAUACCCCAAAGAAACCAACAACUCCAAUUCUGUUUCUGUAAACAGUUCUUCCCUGAAACAGGGGAAUAGUGAAAUCAAUUCACCCGAAUCUCCUAAAGAUGUCUUUUUUAAGCCAAAACCUUUUUCAAUUGACACAAAUUCGAAGCCUAUUUCUCCGAAUUCAAUGCUCAGAGCAGUUCCUAAGUUUCGCGUCUGCUUUCUGGGGUUCAGGAAAUCAAAGCCGGAGAAAGUGGACAUUAGCGAUUCUUCUACGGCGAACCCGAAAAUUCAAACCCAGAAACACUCCCCUAAAGAACAUAGCAAAGUUGAAGAGGUUCCAAUCAGCUGUGUUUCCUUCAGAUACAACAGUUUAAAAGGAAGCAAACUUCAUAAAGAAGACAAGGAUUCUUCAAUUAAUGACUCGUCAAAGCAAUCUGCAAAAGCUGAUAUGUGCAAGUAUUUGAAAUUGAUGAAGCCUCUGUACUCCGUAUCUUCGAAAAGGUACACCGAUAAAGUUAGAGAAAGUAAAUUGUCUUCUCUGUCAAUGCAAUCAAUGAGCUCACCCAGAAACUCAUCAGAAGAGAAACAGGGGAACCGAGUUGCUGUACUUGGGGCUGUGCGUAAACGCCUAGGCAAGAGCCGGUCAACAACGUCAACCUUCGCUGGAGCUUCGUUAUCGCCGAUGAGCCGCAGAGACGAUUCAUUACUGGAGAAAAAUGACGGAAUCCAAGGUGCUAUUCUUCAUUGCAAGAGAUCCUACAGCUCUGCUCGAAAAGAUUCUUCGGUGUUAAAAUCAAGAAAUGCUAAUGAAGAUCUGCCAAGGACAUCUUGUGAAGAGCACAAUAGAUGGAGUAUUUGAAUUAAAUAAUCUAUGGUUGUCAGUAUUUUCAAACUAAGUUGAUAGCGGGAAUAGAAAAUUACUGGAAACAGAGGGUUUGUCUUGUUCCCUUUGCGGAUGAUAUCAUUAUAGAGUAACUAUUUUUUUUUUUCGAGCGAAGUACUGUUAAGAAAGUGGAAUAGUAUGAAUUUCGAUGUAAAGUGACUGAGUAACAAGAGCGGAGUUAUCAUUUUACAAGUCUUUUAACUGGUUCAGAGUUUUCUGUGAA